AUGGACCGAAGCGGGUCCGAGGCCUACGAGCUCGUCGGCAGCGCCAAGUCGCGCCUGGACGAGAUCGAGCGCGACCGCAUGGACCUCAAGAUGGAGGUCGCCCACCUGCGGAGCCGUCUCUUGGAGCGCGUCGGCGGCGACACGAGCGCGCUCGAGCUCGAAGAAGAGAGCUUCAUGCUCAAGAAGGAGCUUGUCACGAAGGAGCGCAUGCUCGCCGAGCAGGCCGGGUACCUCUCGGGCCUUGAGCAGGAGCACCAGAAGGCGCUCAUGAACCUCCAGAAGCUCGACGCUGCGUGGCGAGCCAGCGCCGUCAAGACGCAGCAGCUCCAAGAGACGCUCGAGAUGCAUCAAAAGAAGGCGUACAGUCUCGAUGCGAUGCGCAAGGUGUUGCACGCCCAAGACGAAGCGUCGCGGGCCAUGCAAGAGAAGAUCGACGAGCUCCAGGCG